AUGAAAAUUGAAUCUCAUGAAAAUAGAACUGUGCUAAUUUGGUCAACCAACCAACUGGAAGAUGCGAAAGAUAGAAAAUGGUUUCGAUUAAAUAUUCAAUAUGAUUACGGAAUUAAAUUAGCUUGGAGUCCAGAUAGUAAAGCAAUAGCUAUUCUUAAAGCUGCAGAAAAUUGUAUUGAAGUAUAUAAAUUGGACAGAAAGGAUGGAUGGUUUUCAAGUUAUGAGCGUUGUUUAACUUUUCCAAAAGUAACUGAUGAUGAAAUAGUGGGUUUCGGUAUUUCUUGUACUGGUCGUUAUAUAAUAACGUGUACCAAUAACACAGAUUUGUAUAUAUGGAAUUUAAAAGGCAGUAUCCUGGAAAAAAUUGAUACAUAUCUAAUGAACACUUACUCAGCUAAAAUAUCACCAUGUGGCAGAUUUGUUGCGGCUUGUGGUUUUGCUCCAGAUUGUAAAAUAUGGGAAGUUAAAUUCUCCAGAAAUGGUGAAUAUCAAAAAACUGUAAGAGCAUUUGAUUUAACCGGUCAUACAUCAGGAAUAUAUGAUUGUGCAUUUGAUCAAGAUUCUUCUCAUAUAGCUACUGUUUCAAAAGAUAGUUCUUGGAAACUUUUUGACAUUAAAAUUGAAUUUGAUAAGGGUCAAUUACCACGUUGCUUAAAAACUGGCAAAUACACAAUCGGCAGCACAGACCCUAUAAGUGCUUUAUCAUUAAAUGCUGAAGUUUUAGCAAUAGCUAGCGGUAAUCAAAUACAGUUAUUUUCAAUGUUUACUGGCGAAUUAGAUAUGACAAUAAAAAAUGUUUAUGAGGGACCAAUAGCCGAAAUAAUGUUUGAUCCAUUAGCAACCAUUUCUAAUGACGCAAAAUGA